AUUCUCUGUUUUAGGGUUGCUGUCAUUUCUCAUAUCCCAGCAGGAAGGACUUUAACCAUAACAUUUACCAGACUUGUGGAAGGCCGUUAUGUGACUGUUGUGCUUCCAGGUGCUUCCAGAAUGCUCACUCUCUGUGAGGUGGAGGUUUAUGGAUACCGUGCUCCAACUGGGAAUGUGGCAAUUUAUGGGAAAGCCACACAGUCAACGGUUUAUCCUGGAGCCAUCGCCUACUACGCUAUUGAUGGGAACCGUGCAGCACUGUGGAGCCAGAGUUCCUGCAGUGCCACAAAUAAUGACUUUAACCCCUGGUGGAGACUGGACCUGGGCAGCACCCAUAGAGUGUUCAGGAUCAACAUAACCAAUCGGGUAGAACUUCCCACUCGAAUUAAUGGAGCUGAAAUUCGUAUUGGAGAUUCACUUGAUAACAAUGGAAAUAACAAUCCCAGGUGUGCUGUGAUCUCAACCAUCGCUCCAGGUUCUACUGAAACCUAUCAGUGCAACGGCAUGGAUGGUCGAUACAUCAACGUUUUCAUACCUGGAAGAAAUGAGUAUCUCACCCUGUGUGAGGUGGAAGUGUACGCAUCCCAACUGGAUUGAACUAAAGAGUCUAGGCAUUACAUGACAGGGAUGUCAUUUCAUUUAUAGGAGUCUCCACAAUAUAAAUUAUGAAGUUGUCAUACUUAAUUAUAGUCAAAUCUUAGAAAAUUGUGACCACAAGAUGGCAGAAAAUCCUCACAAUGAAUUAAGUGUCAAAGCUCUCCUUCAGACAUUUAUUCACAUCACAAAUGAUGAGCUUUCAAGUGUUUUAUAACUGUUUACAAUAUUAGAUUAAUUUGCAUCUCAUGCUGAAGCUUGUGUU